CACAUUGACCACGCCCUUUCUCCCUCUCGACCAAUCAGACGAUGAUGUGGGCGGUGUCAAAGCGGGGUAGGGGGUAUGGGGCGCGGCCGCCAUUUUGUUGUCGUCGUGGCGGACGCGAAGGAAGCCCUUAGCGACGGCGGCGCGGUGGUUGCUAGGGGCGGGCGCGCUGCUUCCGGCGGCGCUAAGAUGGCGGAGGCGGAGGCUGUGGCGGAGCUGCUGGAGCGGGCGGCCCGGCGGGAGUCACCGCUGGAGGAGCUGCGGGCCUUGCGGUUGGCCGUCCAUGCCGUGCCGCCCGCCGCCCUCCGCGCCUGCCUCAGCGACGACCACCUGGGAGCGCUCUUCGCCCUCCUCAGCGUUAAUGACCGGGAGCAGGUGUCCGCCUGUGUUUCCAUCCUGGAGAGGCUCCUGCAGGCCCUCGACCCGCUCUAUGUGAUCCAGAACCUCAGAGAAGAGCUGCAGAAAGGGCUUUUCCAUCCCGAUGACUCCGUGAAAAUCCUCAGCAUCUCCCAGGUGGGGAGGAUUGUUGAAAGUUCGGAUUCUAUCACAGAGAUUCUCAACAGUCCCGAAUUAUUAAGGCAAAUAAUAAAUUGCAUUGGUGGGGAGAAAAUAGCAGUGGCUAAGGAGGCCAUCAAGUCUCUCUCAAGAAUAGCACAGACACAAGAUGGCUUGGAGGCUUUAUUUGUGAGCAGUUUGUUGAGUGACUUGAAAAAUGUGAUGGCAACAAAUGAUAUUGUUCGAUACAGAGUGUAUGAGUUAAUUGUUGAGAUUUCUUCAGUGUCAGCAGAGUCCCUAAAUUACUGUGCAAACAGUGGGCUGAUAGCAGAGCUGAUUGGAGAGCUGACUGGAGAUGAUGUGCUCAUCAGAGCUGCCUGCAUAGAGAUGGUGACCUCCCUGGCCCAUACUCCUCACGGGCGUCAGUACCUUGCUCAGCAAGGGGUUAUUGAUAAAAUUUCAAACAUCAUCCUUGGUGCAGAGUCUGAUCCUUUCUCAGGCUUCUAUAUACCAGGAUUUGUUAAAUUUUUUGGAAACCUGGCUGUUGUAGAUAGUCCCCAGCAGAUCUGUGAACGAUACCCUGUCUUCAUGGAAAAAGUCUUUGAGAUGGCAGAAAGUCAUGAUCCAACCAUGAUUGGAGUGGCUGUGGACACUCUGGGAGUCCUGGGAUCAAAUGUGGAAGGCAAACAGGUUUUACAGAAAGCUAGGAGCAGGUUUCAAAAUCUGUUAAACAGAAUAGGGCACCAGGCAAAGAAUGCCCCCACAGAGCUACGACUUCGGUGCUUGGAUGCAAUUGCAGCUCUGCUUUACUUGCCUCCAGAGCAGCAGACAGAAGACCUUUUAAGAAUGACUGAAUCCUGGUUCACCUCCUUGUCUACCCAGCCCUUGGAACUCUUCAGGAGCAUCAGUACUCAGCCCUUCCCUGAUCUCCACUGUGGGGCUUUACGGGUAUUUACUGCAAUUGCAAAUCAGCCGUGGGCCCAGAAAUUGAUGAUUGACAGUCCAGGAUUUGUGGAGUACGUUGUAGACAGAUCUGUGGAGCCAGACAAAGCUUCCAAAGAUGCCAAAUACGAACUGGUUAAGGCCCUUGUCAACUCUAAAACAAUUGCAGAAAUCUUUGGGAAUCAAUAUUACUUGAGGCUUAGGGCUUACUUGAGGGAAGGCCCUUAUUAUGUUAAGGCAGUUUCUACUACAGCUGUGGAAGGAGCAGAAUAAUGUCCUUCAGGUCUUGGUUCCCCUUCUGGCAAACCUUGUUACUGAAUUAGGUGUUAAGAUACAAAAUGUGAAGACUUUCCAGGCUGGAGUCCCUUCAGAUUCUUUUCUCUUUAGGGGAAUACGAAGCACUUUUGACUCCAUUGGAAAUGGGUCAUGAGAGCAAAUCAGACCUGUAGGGCACAGCAUAAUUUCCCCUAAGAUGUCAUGGCAGAAGUUCUCUGUGUGCUGUCGUGAGAUGAGUAACCAAAGUCAGCACUCUGUCAGCUGCUGUGUUAUUUUGCAGAAAUUAAUCAGUGUUUAGUUAAACUGGACUGAGGUUUGCAGUUCCUAUCGUGGUUUUUCAGUAGAUCACAGUUCAAUUAAAAAAAAAAGCCAAAACACCUCAAGGUUUGUAACCUCCAAUGCUACCAUCAUUUCUCUGUCUUUUUUCUAUGUUUUUAUAUCUGCCAAGCCUGGCAGCACACUAUUGUAGCCAGUCAUGUUCUUCCAGGAACCCUCUUGAGAUGAGUAUCCACGUGAGGAAGUAGGAGCUGGAUUCUCUUCUGUUUUCAGCUUGCUGGGUAGAAGUCUUGCUUGAAGAAAUAAUCCUUAGCAUUGUUUACAUUUUAUGCUAAGGAUGGGAAAAAAAAAAAGCUUUUAACCCUCUU